AUCAUUCUUGAGAGUUCCUAUUGGCAUACCUUUUUCCAAGAUUCCACAAUUCCAUUCUCAUGUAUUCUGUAAAUAUAUGCAUACUGUAUGAGAUACAAGAAGCUUAAAAGAGAGUGCAAAUAAUGCUUGCCUAAGUCCAAUCUUGUAUCCAAAACUAGCUACAUAUGCAACUCUGUGUUAAAUCAAUUUUUUACUGGGAAGUACUUAUUCAGGGUGAGUUUGGCAAUUAUUUUUUGAGUUGUUUUUAUAUUUUUUUAGAAUCUAAAAGAAUCGAUAUGUUCGAAGAUUGUUAAAAAAAAAUUAUUUCUUUGUUAUGAAUAAUUUUUUAUGGGUCUUUAAUCUUUUGCUUUUGAUGAUAAAUUACCAUAUUAGCUUUGUUGUGUUGUGGAGCCUUUAUUAACAUACUAAUUACCCUGAAGACAACAUUGUCUUUGCAAAAUUCUACUGAGAUUCCUCCCAAAAACAAAAUGAUAUUUUUAGGAAUAUUAGUUACUUAACCAAAGCAGACAACUAAUUUACUUUUUGAUUUUUUGAUAAUGAAGAUUGACAUAAUUUCUAGAGAGCUCAUCAAACCAUCCUCACCUACACCUUCUAACCUCAAAAACUACAAGCUCUCUUUAUUUGAUCAGAUUUGUCCUUUUCAAUAUGUCCCUCUUGUCCUUUUUUACUCUCUUGAAGAAGCACCUCAAGUCCAACAAUCCGAGGUCUCUUCUAUACUAAGAACGUCACUAUCAAACACCUUAACUCAAUUCUACCCACUGGCCGGAAGGGUGAAAGGUGAGAGUUCAGUGGAUUGCAACGACAAGGGGGUCGAUUACAUUGAAACCCGUGUUGAUAGCCAGCUUUCGAAUAUCAUUGAUCGACCAGAACUUGAUGUGUUGAACCAAUUGAUUCCAUAUAAAUUAAGUUUUCGAGUAUUGAGCAUAGAUAAAGAAGAAGAACAACAACCACAACUAGCCAUCCAAGUUAACUUAUUCAACUGCGGAGGCGUAGUAAUCGGUUUAUGCAUCUCACACAAGAUUGCUGAUGGGUGCACCCUGAGCACAUUCAUCAAAGGGUGGGCUGCGACAGCACGCGGCAAGCCUAGUUUGGUGUGUCCAAGUUUCAUCUCAGCAACUUUGUUCCCACCAAGAGAGCCAAUCGGUUUCAAGCACGUAGGUCGAAUUCUAGAAGCAGGACUUGUUACUAGAAGAUUGGUUUUCAGUGCCUCAACAAUAGCUGCUCUAAAAUCUGAAGUUGUACCCUAUCUGGCUGGCAUACAACCUACCCGAGUGGAGGUGGUAACAGCACUAAUAUGGAAGAAGUACGGUUCCAUUGCGAGCACAUCGAUGGCAUUUCAUCCAGUGAAUAUAAGGAAAAGGAUGGUCCCAGCAUUGCCAGAACAUUGUUUUGGCAAUCUCUUUUUGAUGGCGAAUGCAGUUUCGAAUGACGAAACAGAUUUGGCUACCUUGGUGACUAAGCUGAGGGUUGCAAUUGAAAAAAUUGAUUGUGAUUAUGUACAAGAAAGACAAGGGGAGGAUGGUUUUGAAGCGGUCAUGAAUGAUUUGAAGAAGAUAGGUGAACUGGUUUCCAAAGGGAAAGUGCAGGUGUUGAGGUUCAGUAGUUGGUGUGGGUUUCCAAUCUAUGAAGCAGAUUUUGGGUGGGGAAAGCCCAGUUGGGUGAGUAUUGCUACCAUGGACACUAAGAACUCUAUCAUCAUUAUGGAUUCUAAAUAUCCUGGUGGAGUAGAGGCAUGGGUGACUGUGCAUGAACAAGAUGUGGCUAUACUUGAUCAAUUAGAAACCUUCAUUUCAUCAUUUCCAACUUCUUAAACUAGGGAUUUCAGUUAAUGUUUGUCUUCCAAUAAUGUCUUGGAUGCCAAUUUAAGGUUAUGCUUGAAUCAUAUAUUUGGAGAGAGAUUUUAAAGUGAAAAGUGGAUGAAGUAGUAGCUAAUUUACAAAAUCCUUCUAUUAUUAUUUUUUUUCCUAAAAAAAUUUGUUUGUAAAUUACAAAUUGGGUGGGGAAAGCCCAGUUGGGUGAGUAUUGCUACCAUGGACACUAAGAACUCUAUCAUCAUUAUGGAUUCUAAAUAUCCUGGUGGAGUAGAGGCAUGGGUGACUGUGCAUGAACAAGAUGUGGCUAUACUUGAUCAAUUAGAAACCUUCAUUUCAUCA